CACCUUCCCCGCUCCUCUUGCCUUCGCUCCCCGGCUCUCCGGCCGCUUUCCCUCCCUCCCCUCGGUCCCGCCCCGUCCAGCCCGGGCUGCCCGGCUCCCGCAGGCCCCCCCGCCGCCCGCGUUCCUAUGGACAGACGCACAGACACCUGCAGGAAAGACACUGCUGAUCCUGUAACAUGGAGGAUUGCCUUCAUACUUCAUCUGAGAAUCUGUCCAAAUUGGUCAGCUGGGCCCACAGCCAUGGGACCAUUUGCAGCCUCAUUCCAAACCUGAAACACUUGCUUUCGGAAGGUUCCCAUGGGAACCUCACAGCAAUGUGGGGCUGUAGUGCGGGCCAUGCUUAUCACUGGCCACUGACAGCUACUUGCAGAGCUGGGUCCCAAGAAAGGGUCUGUUUCCAGGAUAACAGAAGUUUUAACUCUGAUAGUCCCAGUAUAAUUGGAGUACCCUCUGAGACACAAACUAGCCCCGUUGAAAGGUACCCUGGGAGACCAGUGAAAGCGAAGCUAGACUGUAAUCGGACCAGAGACUCUUGUGACUUCUCUUAUUGCAGUGAGCCCUCUGAACUGGAUGAAGCUGUUGAAGAAUAUGAAGAUGAAAACACCCUGUUUGACAUGGUUUGUGAGUCUUCUGUUACAGACGAGGAUAGUGACUUUGAACCCCAAACCCAAAGGCCUCAAAGCAUUGCUCGAAAAAGGCCUGGAAUAGUCCCAUCUUCUCUCCAUUCCAGCUCCCAGGCUCAAAUGGUUGAUGAAUGCAGCAAUGAUGUCAUCAUUAAGAAAAUCAAACAAGAGAUUCCUGAAGAUUAUUACAUUGUGGCGAAUGCAGAGCUGACUGGAGGGGUAGAUGGACCAGCCCUGUCAUUGACACAGAUGGCAAAACCCAAGCCUCAAACUCAUGCUGGUCCCUCCUGCAUAGGGUCUGCUAAGCUGAUUCCCCAUGUGACAUCUGCCAUUGGCACAGAGCUAGACCCACAUGGUGUAUCUGCAUCCCCCUCUGUCAUGUCCAGACCAGUCGUCCAGAAGACUGCCAGGGUAUCUCUGGCUUCACCAAACAGAGGACCCCCUGGUGCCCAUGGCACCAACCAGCAGGUGUCCAUGCAGAUGCCUGUGAGCACAUCCCAUCCUAACAAACAGAUCAGCAUCCCUUUGUCUGCACUGCAACUGCCUGGACAGGAUGACCAAGUUGCUUCAGAAGAGUUCCUGCCCCAUCUGCCCAGCCAGGUUUCCUCCUGUGAGGUAGCUCUUUCUCCCUCAGUUAACACAGAGCCAGAAGUGAGCUCCAGUCAGCAGCAGGCCCCAGUCGCUCCAACCAUAACCACUGAGGCCACAGCACAGUGCAUACCAGACCAGGAUGAAAGAGCAGCUGAGCUCAGCAGGGAGCAGAAUGAGAAAACCAUCCGGAGCACGCAGACCGCGCUCCGCAAUUUCCCCUAUUCUACUAAGCUCAACAAAUUUCCUGUAUUUAAUAUUAAUGAUGACUUGAAUGAUCUGUGUACCAGUGCAGUAAGCCCAAACACUACCAAAGCCACACGAUAUGCUCUGAAUGUGUGGCGAUAUUGGUGCGUGACCAACGGGCUCAAAGAUCACACGGACAUCACCAAGAUCCCUGCAGCGAAGUUGAACGAGCUGCUCGAGAAUUUUUAUGUCACCGUUAAGAAGAGUGACGGUUCCGACUUCCUGGCCACCUCGCUGCACGCCAUUCGCCGAGGCCUGGACCGCAUCCUGAAGAAUGCAGGCGUGGGCUUUUCCAUCACCAGCAGCACCUUCAGUUCUUCCACCAAGAAACUCAAGGAGAAGCUGUGGGUGCUGAGUAAGGCAGGGAUGUCAGGGGCCCGUGCUCGCAAUAUUGUCUACUUCUCUCUUUCCGACGAGGAGGAGAUGUGGCAGGCAGGGUGUUUAGGUGAUGACAGUCCUGUCACUCUCCUGUCCACCGUGGUCAAGUACAACAGCCAGUACCUGAAUAUGCGGACCCUGCAGGAGCAUGCAGAUCUGAUGUAUGGUGACAUUGAGCUGCUCAAAGACCCACAAAACCAGCCCUAUUUUGCCCGGACAGACAGCGUCAAGCGGGAGAGCCGCAGUGGUGCCACAAGAGUAUGCCACGGGAAAAUCUACCAUGAGCAUUCUAGGGGACACAGACAGUGCCCUUACUGCCUCCUCUACAAGUACAUGUACACCCACCGGCCACCCACCCAAAUGGAGGCCAAGUCCCCUUUCUACCUCACGGCCCGGAAGGAGGCCACAGACAUGGGCAGCGUGUGGUAUGAGGAGCAGAGGAUGGGCCUGCGGUCUCUUCGGGGGAUUGUUCCAAACUUAGCCAAGAAGGUCAAGCUGGAAAAUUGUGAGAACUUCACCUUUGUCUCGUUUACUCAGGUCUCCAGGAGGCUUGGCUCCCACAGUUGCUGUCAGUGAGUCUUCCCUGACAAGCAAGAGCUCCCUUAGGCAACCACGGCCAGAGCUCUGGGGUGGCAGGGAAUGACAGUGACUUCAAGGUCGGGCUGGUCUUGGUCAGGGGGACCUGCUAUUUCUUUGACUUUGGGUGUGUUUUUUUACCUGAAAGUAGAGGAAUCUGAAUAAUUAGGAUAUUUUAUCCAAAUGUGUGUCACCUUUGUUAAAUUAUAGAAUCUAACACCAUGUAUAAUUGUUCCAUAAACAAGAGUGAGGAAGUUCAUUUUAUCUAGUGCCUUUUUAGCACAGAUUUUCUUAAAAAAAAAAAAGAAAGAAAGAAAAAAGAAGAAAAAAGGAGACUGUUUAAGUAGUCAUUAAAAAAAAUAAUAAUAAACUCCCAGUAGCCUAGUAGCUUUAGAAUGUUAUGAAGACUCUAUAUGCUUUGUUGAAUUACACUCACAAUGAGGAACUGGAAGGAGAGAGGCAGACACAUUAACUAUUUCCAGGAGAAAAAUUGCACUCGACCCUCCUCUCUCUGUUUUGUUGAUGGAUAGUUUGGUUCUGCAGAGCAAGCAGCUUUGCCUGAUAGAAGCUGGUGGAGCUGCCUGCACUCAGUAGUGCUGAUGGGGAGGUGGGGGCCGCCCCCACUGCUCUCAGCAUGGGCAGCGACUUGAUCCCUGCGUCAACGGGGCAAUUUUAGUUUUAUGAAAAAAAGAUGAAUGCACCAGACAAUGUUUGGGAGAGCAAGGUUUCCAGUGAACUGGGUGGUUUGUACCAUGAGGGAAUUUCCAGUAGUAGUGGCUUGGAAAAAGCGAUCUGUAAUCAAAAUAUGAAAACCUCCUGAAGCAGAAGUGCCUACGUGUUCUUUCUCAGCACCAUAUGAAAGCUAUUUCCAUUUGAGCCUUUUUUGGAAUUUUUAAAAUCUGUCCUUCGUGUCAUACAGUUGUCCCGUCAGCAUCUAGCACCAGAUCUGUAAAAUAACUAAAGGUACUUUUCAGGCUUCACCAGGAAAAUCCAACAAAGCAAGCUGCAAAGAAAACAAAUCCCCAAACGUGUUUAUGAAAGUACUUUGGAAUAUGUUCAUCAAAGUAUGAUUUUUUCAGCCACGAUAGAUGUCAUCAUUUUAGGUUGGCCCUAGUGUGUGGGACAUGAUGAUGGAGGCAGCCUGCUAGGUAAGCAGACUCAGCAUUAAGGACAUGCGUGUAAAAAUCAGAGCAUGAUGAUAGGCUAUUGAUGCACUCAGGUAAACUGCAGCCUGACCACAUAUUAUGGAAACAUGAGCAGAAUUUUCUGAUAACCACUCUGAAUGACAAGUGAAAAAGGAGCCCAAAGAGUGCUAAUCUAUAAUAACAAUAAUUUACAGGAAUCUUUAUGUUGUAUUUGAGGAAAGACUGCUACAAGAUUAUGUUCCUGUGUGUGCUUUCUAAUCCAAAAUUAAAAUUCCAGUAUAAAUUUAUGUUGCAAGAGUCCUAGAAUCAGUCCUAGUUCUUUUUCAAAACAUUAUUGUAGUAUUUAUUUUAAUUAAUUGUUCUUAAAAAUCAUUCACCAGUCGUUGAAAUAUGUAAUACAUCCUUUACCAGAAAAGACUCAGCCAAUGCUGCCUUAAGGUUUAAUGUUGUUCCCUUUUUAGUUAAACUGCACAUUUAUAAUUUUGUUUACUAGUUGAUCUUUCCUGAGUAUGGGUUAAUUUUGGUAUGUCUCCAUGUGUGUAUAAAUAACAGGUAAUAUUUAAUAAUCAGUGUUAUGACCUGAUAUUGCAUACUAUUCUGUUGUGAUUUCCUGUAGUGGUUUUAGGGUUUUGCUUAAAAAAGAGACACAAAACAUUAGGUGUAGUUUUCUUUAGUUUGCUAAACACCCAAAGGAUAUUUUGUUUGUGGAAAGCAGAUGGUGAUUUUUCCUGUCAGUUCUGUACUUAAACAGAAAUAUAACCCAUGUGAACAAUGGGGCGGACAGAGCCUGCAGACUAAUUAAAUAAAACCUCCGUUUUUAUUUUAAAUGGAUUCAAGAGGAAAUCACUAUUAGGAAUCACUGGGAUCUUUUCAGAUUUCAACAUUUCCAUAAGUAGCAAUAACCGACCCAGAGGUUGUCAUCCUUCUGUUGACAGGGGCUUUUCAUCAGCUGAGUAACCACCUCUGCCGCACAUUGGUUGCUUAUCACUGUUUGAUGUGCUGUAAAUCCCCAGAGUUCUGAAGUGAAUGAUUAUAAUAAAAAAUCAGGAGGUGGAAUCUUCAGUGAUAUCUGAUGGAAUGAAAGAAUUGUAUCUCAGCAUCCUAAAUGCCAUGCAUUUCAUGCCUCCCUUGGGGAGUGGGAGGGAGAAAGAAAAUGCAUUUAGCAGGUGCUACUUGGCACCACCCGUUGAACGAGGUACUUUUUUUCCAUGUUUGUGUUAGGUGUCUGUGUGUGUCACACACACUUGAAAUUUAUAUGUGGUGAUGCCUGGUAAACCUGCUAACAUGGCAAAGCACCUCUUCUUUGUAUGGCCAUGUCCGUCCUCAGAGGAUCUGAAGCGGGGAUGGAGUAGCUAGUUCAAGGGAGCCACCCUCACUCAUGCCCACUGGGGGACUCCCUGAUUUUCUGCUCUUGGCUAAGCCAGGAGAAAGGAGAAUCCCAACAGAAGGGGUGGGGGUAGAUUAAGGACAUUUUCUCCACUUACCUUUAUUUAUUUAUUUAUUUUACUCAGAAGUGGGAACGAAUAUCAGGAACUCACAAGCUCACCAAAGCACAAGGUGCCUUUGGCUCGGCAUUGGGAACAGUAGAGCUGUAGGUAUUAGGGAGGACCUGUGGAGCACUUUGGGCGAGCUCUUGCCCACAGCACCCCUUCUGAGUCUGCUCUAACAUGAGCCCUGCUUGCUUGGUACCUCCUCUCCAGAAUCUAGCAGGUCUCCCCUUGAAAGUGUAUCCCGGCAGAGGUGAUAGGGGGUCAACUUGGAAGGGUGUGAUCCCAUUAAAUGUAAAGGGUUUAACACAGCACUGGGUGCAUAGUAAGCAUGCAAUAUAUAUUAGCUAUUUUAGCUACAACUUUUGGUAAUAGUAAUAAUUAAUAUUAUUCAACUAAUCUGCAUCGCAUCAUUUAUUUCUUCCAUUGUGGAGAUUCUCCCUCCUUUAAACUGUUAAACUUGAAGAGGAAACCAAACCUGAUAAUCUGGUCACAUGUAUGCCCAUAAAUUCUACCUCCAACACAGCCAAGCCCUGAUGCCUCAGCUGUAAGCAAAAACACGUGAAGAAUGGAGAUGCCUUAAGAGGCUUUAUGAAAAAGCUUUUGCAUUGUUUAGUGUGUUUGCAAAGGGGAGUAUUAUGGAAGAACCUUACCAAAGUUGUGAAAGAAAUGGUCUUCUUGGUUGUGUGGCAUUUUCCAGCUCUCCUUGGAUUAUGUGCCGUAUUAAUCUUGCCCUGAUUGAUAAAUGGUGUUUGAAGAAAUGUGAAAUUCUAUUACUUUGAUUUUUAUUUCAAUUCGACUUUCUUAAAACGAUCGAGCACUGUAUCUCAGCAUGUUCAUAGACAGUCAUUGGGAGAAUCUGGACAAAAUAACCUUCAUGUGGAAGCUGAAGCCUCCUGCUAUAGUAGAAAGAGAACUUGACUGGGAGCUCCUUCCCUACUCACUUGGCAAUUCUGGUCUCACUUCCGUCAAUGAUAAAGUGGGAUCAUUGGAAUGGAUCAUCUCCAAAGUGAACAGUAUUACAGUUCCUGAAGCCCAUAUAGUUAGGAAGUAGCAAAACUUGGAAACAACAUUCCUAAUUCUUCAAGGUCAUAUAGUGAAUCUCCUAAAUUUUAAGAGCUUCUCACUCUAUUGGAACACUUUCUUUUGAAAAAAAUACUUUUCUUCAAUUUAGGCAUCGAUAAAUGCAAAUGACAAAGACCUCGAAGUUACUUCAUUUUCUCUACAUGAGAUCCAAUUUUGUCUAAGUUAGGGCCCAUGCACAUUUAGAAACGGUUAACAGUCCUGAGCAGAAGAAUAUAUUAAAAGUUUCAAAUUCACAUAUCUUUAAAUGUUUUUGCUUUGGGGUUGAAUUUUUAAUGCUCUAUAUUAAAAGAAAAACAUUUCUAUGGUUUAGUCAGUGUUCUUAAAAAUCUUCGUUGUUUUUUUCUCCAGGUGAAUUAAUCACCUUAGCAGAAACAUGAGUGGAGGGAGGUAGUGACCUAAGGACACAACACACUCCCUUCCGAAGAGAAGAGAAGGCCGUGUGGGGUGAUUAACUUCUCUCUGGGAAUUCCUAUGUAUUCCGUGUCCAUGAAUUCUGACAUCACAGGAUUUCCCAAAACUCCUUUGAGGGAGGCUGCCCAUCCUUCUGGCAAAGUUUGCUUAUUAUGAUGAUGAUUUUAUGUACUUCUAGUUCUUCACAGUCCAAGAAGUCCAGAGAUGUUUCCCAUGUUUAGUUGGUUGACCAGAAUCAGAUUUCUGUGCUCAAUUAAAGUGCUAUAUUAAUCUAAUGCAGCUGAUAUGGAAGUUAAUUUCAGGAAAUAUUUAUUAAAACCAAAAAAAAAAGAUCACUGGGUUAUAUUGGAUGCAUAUUGCUUCCAUUACUGUUAAAAGCAAUUGGAUAGAUCCCUCCCUCACAAUGAGAGGAGAAUGAGCUCCUAAAUAUUUUAUGGUCAAUAUAACUGAUUUGAUUAAUUUGCAUUUAACUGUCGUUAUUGUUACAGUUCAAAAAAGUUUCUAGAAAGUUCACAUUUGACUAACACUGUGAUAAGUGCUUUCUCACAGCUGCCUCAUAUUCUCAUUUAAUCUCACAACAGCUCUGCAAGGUAGGCCUAAGUGUUACCAUGUUACUUAUUGAGAAACCCAAGGCUCAGAGAAAUUAAGUAAAUUUCUCAAAGUCUCACCAAGCUUGUAAGAGGGAGAACUUAAGUUUGAACCCAGGUCUUCUAACUCCAAAUCUGGUGCUCAAUCCGUGAGACAAAACUGCCUUCUUUGGGGCUACAGAGGGUCCAUUUGUCACAGAACUUUUAAAAAAAUUAAACACAAUUUCUGUCUGUUGAGGAAAUACUUCAUUUCUCAAGUCAUACAGUGGCACACCUCAUAUAUACUCUUACUAACUGAUUGGUCACUUGGUAUGAUUUAGUAGUUCCUGGAAAGCCUCAUGGCUUUCUGUGAAUGUUCUGCCUAUUGAAAACUUUCUGUAUUUAUCCAAUAAAUAACUUGUAUUACUUAUUAUCUACCCUAAAGGGCAGACAGUCAUGCCCUCCUUAUCCACUGCGCCAUAUACCCACAAAAGAGAGUUGACAAACACUCACGUGGACAAAUAACACAACCAAGGGCAGAUACUGGAUCUGCGAAGAAGAUCAUGUUUAAGGAUGGCAUAUAGAGAAAAAAAACAAAAAGGGGUAUAUAAAAAAAAAUGACUGAACCAAGGAAAUAAACAGCUUCCAAGAGUAUUUGAAAAUGAAAGUGGUCUACUGCGAGAAAUAAGAAAAUGGUAGGAUUCUUCUUGCUGUAACUGAAGGAACAGAAUUGCUUCUGUGCAGCAAUAGUUAGACUGGGAGUUGGUUUAGAGAAAAAGGCGCUAGAAUAAAAUGAAAAAGACGAGAAAUUAGAAAGAAGGAUUGCAAGGAAGCUUAAAGCACAGAUUACAAUCCACACUGGAAGCUGAAAAGAACACGACUGAGCUUAGAAACACUCAAAUCAAUAAUGUGAAGGACAGACUUGAGAUUUUCUUCUUCGUGUUCUUUCAAAAGAAAUAAGAGAUGAAAACAAUGAGGAAAGAUAAUGGAUUUGGAAGACAGAACAUUAGCUAACAUUCCUGAGUUUUGCUUUCCUGAUGGAAAAACUGUAUUGAGAAAAAAAUAUAUCAUCAGACUAUAAAAAUGAAAUCUUUCCUGAACAGAAUGAAAAUCUGUGUAUGUAGGGUGAAAGGAUUUGCUGCAUUCCAGCACUCACCCCCACCCCAGAAUAGGGAAAAGAGACUAUACCCAUGCACCUCCUGGCAAAAAUUUAAACUACUAAGGAUAGAGAAUGAAAAAUCCUGUCAGAAAGUAACAAGUUGCCUACCAGAAAACCACAGAGCUUUCUGGCUUCAACCUUCUGCUCUAUAGCACCAAAUGCCAGGAAACAAUAGGGAAUUGGGGGGGAGGGGGAACACUGGAAUUCUGGAAUUUGAUCCACAUUAAGAAACAAAAGGAUUUUUAGUUAUAACAAGUAUUCAGGAAAUAAACCAUCUAUGAAUUACUCUAAUAAACUGUACUGUAACCUACAAAGUUUGGUUUAAAAAAGAGCAAUUUUUGCUUAAUGUAAUUUCAAGGGACUCUGGGGAUAUUAAACAUCAGAUCAUUUACCCACGAGAAGAAGGAUAUGUCUGCUCUUAAAUAGGUAAUAUGGCUGGAAACCACAUAUCUAAAAGUGCCCAAAGUCCUCACCUGAAUGGGCUUCCCUAACGCAAGAAAAUGUACCUGAAAAUAAUCGUCAUAUCACAGCAUCAUGUUCCUUCAUUUUUAUUACUGAAGUGAUGCAUUGUCAUGAUCGUAUAAAUAGAAAAUUCAGAUACAUUCCUUACAAAUAGAAUUUAAAUGGCCCUCAGUUUCCUCUGCUCCCACCUAAAAUACUAUUCUGAGCGAGAUUCCCUCGCUUCCAAGUGAAAAAAGGCAAGGGGUCUGAGUGCCUGGACGAGAGCUUGCCGAGGCUGUCCCGCGUGCUCAUCCCCUCUCCUCAAAUCCAGAACUAACAACAGGUGCCGAGUUAGAAAAUCAUGGAAUUUAUAUCUGUGUUUUAAAAAAGAACCAGGGAAAACAAACCUUGUUUUAGAAUAUAAGGAAAGUUCCGUUUCAGCAGCAGGAAGCUGGCCUGGGGCAGUGACCGAGCUUUCCCUAGCUGGACUCAAAGUUUUAAAUGCAGAUAUUAAGGGAAUAGAAGCAGCUGACCACCGCCACCACCCUACCCCCACCCCCCCACCUCCCCCACCCCACCAAACUAAUUACUUCUGGAGUCUCACGUCAGCGUUAGAACUGAAGCUGGAUUCUUUUGUUUGGUUUUUCAUUUGCUUGCACUGGAAGGACUUGAAAAGACCCAGGAAUGUUGAGUAUCAUUGGCCUUAAUGCUCAGUUCCUUCCUGGCAGUCUAAAGGUUUAUCAGUGCCCCCAAGUUUCCUUGCGAUUUAAACUCUAAAUUAAAUUUUCAACACAACCAGCAUGUUUGCUUUAAAUUUAGCAAUAGAAUGGCUAAUAGGUUGCUUUGCAUUUGCUUCGUUUUUCAUUCUGAAGCUCAGCAAACCUCUUCCAGAUGGAGAGAGUCUCUUCUGGAGAGGUUCCAAGUGUAAGCUUUUCCAGGGUCCCCUAUUGCUUGGCUGUGACUGACAAAAGUCUGUUCACUCUAAGGACUUAGAUGAGAAAUUCAAUGCUUUUCUUUAAAAUUUUAAAUAUUUUCUAUGUGGCUAUAUGUUCCAAAUGAUGGCAACAAAGCUGUGUCCUAAUGUUUUCACUGUUCUGGGUAUGUUGGGUUGGUUUUGUUUUUUUGUUUUGUUUUGUUUUGUUUUAGUGUAGAGGAGGAUAUCCAUCAUUUCUUAACACUGGAAACAUCAUUCUGAAUAAUAUAAGAAACGGUCAGUAACUUGAACGAUUUUAAUGUACCAUUUUCAGCUUUUUCUUUCUUACCCCGCUGAUGUCUGCAUGUGGGAGCACACGUGCGGGGAAGCCCAUGUGGCAUCUGUCCUUUCUUGUUCGCCUAGUUCAGCUCUCUAGCCGAUAGUCCAUUAGAGUCUGUUAACAAUUUGCAAGGUUUGGCGUUCGGUUUUGUUUUUUAAGUUGUUUGGUUUAUGUAUGUGCAGCUUGACUGUUUAAUCAGAUUUUUGAAAAUAAAAAAAUUAA